CAUAUAAGAGGGUCUAUAUAUUACCUUCGUUCUCGACUACAAUGAAAGGAGCUCUAUUGAUUCAAACUGAGUCUGUCUGAUAGGUGCGCUAGCACCAUAUGAUAAGUCGUCUGCUUUGGUUGCAACCCAUUUUAGGCUAUCCGCUUAAUGUGAUAAAAAAAAAGCAUCCAAUUUCGGAAAGACUACAUCUCAACUCCGUUACCAGAGUCCAUAAUGAGCUGAGCUUCCGGCUAUAAAGGCGAUGAUCGUCGCUCUAGGAAUUUUCCCAGUCAUUUAAGCCUUACUCAUGCAUCGCGUUUAAGACGGUCUUAUAUAUUCAGAGCAAUGAGAGGAUUCACCUUGACCAUUUUCCCCCUGUGGUGGGCUGCUGGGGCGAUUGCUGUUCCUACGCGGGCGCAAGCUGCACCUCCGGCUGAAUUCACACCGAACACAAAGGUCGGCCCCGGAGGAAGCAAAUACAAGGACUCGCCGCAUUUUCGCGUCUAUGAUGCAGCAAGCGACUCUAUUGCGAACUCUGUACUCCAGACUCUCGAGUCAGCCUACGACUGUUUCGUAACUAGCCAAGGAUGGAGGUCGCCGGGUCUCUCAUUCAAUCAAGACAAUGAUAAUGGCCCCUGGUACAAGAUGAAUGUCUACAACGUUAAUGAUUUAGGACCUAAUACUGCUGCCAAUACUGGGACGGACAGUGCCACUGGCCUAAGCUUCCUAAAUGUCGUCACGGAAUGGAUGAAUACGCCUUCGGUUACAGUUCACGAGUUCGGGCAUGGUCUCACAUAUGCUGAGAGAUACUGGGUUGACCAGGGUCGGACUGGAGCAUGGUGGGAGCCGGUCGCUAACUUCGUCGCCGACACGUUUAUAACCUCCCCGGUCUGUGCGGACUCAAGGGCGCGCUAUAGUCAACCGAGUGGCGACACUAUCAUGAAUCUUCAGAAAGUUAUAAGCGAUUCUUUCCAAGUAAUCGUGGAUGGGUCAAGCAACACCGGGAACUAUUACGAAUCAUGGCCAUUCCUAACUUACGUUACGAACAACCCAGACAACUAUGCGGGCCUGGGGAUGGCGAAUUUCCCGAAUGUAUGGAGAAAAUACAAGAGGAACAGCAAUGAGACCCCUCUGCACGUUUUGGACCAGCUCGCAUCGCCUAUUAAGAUUCAGACAAUUGUCGGUCGCUACUGGGCCAGAAUGGCGUAUGUCGAUAUCGGACACGAAAAGGCUAAGGCUCUAUUCGAGAGGCAGAGGAAAGAGUUCAAUUACGCGAAUUUGGACUCCCAGGGCAACGGGAGAUAUCGAGUUAAAGCAGCUCGGCAGCCGCGUUAUAUGGGCUCUAACAUCAUCCCCUUGAAGGCGACUGGAUCAUCGAUCAGCAUCACUGUGACUGCUACGGCACCAUAUACAGCCACUCUGGCGGUAAGAGGUUCCAAUAAAGCUGUUAGGUACAUCAGCGUAGUAGACAACAAGGUGCAAGCAAAUUUGGCCAGCGGGGAGGAGGCUACUUUCGUGAUUGCGAACACGCCGAACACGCUUUAUCUCUAUGAUCCUUUCGCACUCAGUAGCGAUGUGAGUCGGGGCUUGGACUACCAGUUGCAGAUCACAGGCGCAAGUGUCUAGAUUUAGGUCUACCUGGGUAUAUAGGCUGGGUUGUAAGGAUUAAAUGGUCACAAAUUAUUAUGAUCUUAUACCGUUUUAUGAUCGUUCCUUGAGUUUGUUCUUUAAGGGAGUUAGAAUAUUCACCCACAUUUUAAUAGUUUAAAAAUCGAGGUUAGAAUAUGCGACAAUCCAGUAAUCGAGUGGAAGUUAAUAUAAAUAUAAUAUUGUAGACUCUCGCGGAUAGGAUUCAACAUUUCGGUUUCUGUUUUGUUUGAUUGGUUGCGCUGAUUUCUCUUCAGGGGUAGGUGGUUUUUGAUUCUCAUUGAACGUCUAUUGAAGAAAGUAACCUAGCUAAAAACAAG